AACUGAAACUGGACAACAAAGAACCGUGCCAUAAAAAUCCAAGGGACAGACACACAAUAAUCAGAGUUCUAUAUGAAGCUGUGGCACAGUAUACUAUGUAUCCCACAAAUUCUGAAUAUGUGCAAGCUGUGAAGACGCUGGUAAUGAAGUAUCCUUUCCUCAAGGAUCGUGAGGGAAAUGGUUAUCACACAUGGCAUAUGUCUUUGAGACGUAAAUUCAAAUCAGAGCGGGCACCACUAGUCGACAGUGAGGCAGUGAGGCGUUGUAAGGAGAAGUUUGGUUCUACGAGGAGAGGGCAGCCUAAUAAAUGUCAACGAACAAGUCAGAGAAAUGUUUGUCAGGGACCAUGCGUCCAAGGAGAAGAUUUAUUAUCCAUAGACGCCCACUUAAAGGUCUUACAGUGCCAAUAUCAGAAGAUGCAACCAGAUACCAUGGUGGUUCAUAACCGUAUGCAGCAAACGUUUGCUUGGCGGCAAAAAGAAAUUGCAGAUGGUAUGCCUGUGGAGGAUGUGUUGAAGAAGUACCCCUUCUUAGGGAUGCCUACUGGUCUGUGCAACGAACUCGGGUGGAUCCAACCAACAACGGGUAAUGUAAGCCAGCGAUUUCGUGAAGGGCUCUCAUGUGUUGCAGCAAAGGUGAUUGACCUUACACGAGGGAAAACCCCACUCUACCAGCUCUACCUUGAUGCAAGAGAGGAGGCUCUCACUGAUGACCUACCAGAUCUUGACACAAGGGCUGCACUUUUAUUCCUGCCAUACGUCUUCAAGGAGAAACUGGAUCUCUUUGUCAUACUUGGAGAGGUUCAUCCUAAAACCCCUAUCCAACUGUUCAGCUACUUCAUGAAGACUGGAAACCAGUGUUCUCCAGAAGCGCUCAAACAUUGUGAAGUUGGAUGGCAGUGA